CCCCCCGGUUUUAGGUUUUAUUCCCAGGCCUCCUCCCCAUCCCAGUGUGGGGCUGGGCAGGGGCCAGAGGUGAGGAUGGAGAUCAAGAAGCUGCAUGGUGUUAGUUGCCACCUGGAGUUAAACCAUGGCAAUGAUCACAAAUGAAGAAUUCUAUUUUCCUGCCUUUCUCUGCUCCUGGAGAUGUUCUGUGUGAAGACGAAAUAUUUGAGUCACCUGGAGGAGACAGGAAGACAGGUUCAGUGACAGGACAUUUUGAACUCCAUCUUUAUGAUUGACAGACCCUUUUCAGGUUAAAUUAAAAUCAUAGAGGCACAGAACAUCCUGAGUUGGAAGGGACCCCCAAGGAUCAUUGGUGUCCAGCUCCCGGCCCUGCACAGGACUACUCCAAGAAUCACACCAGUGUGCUCAGGCAGCUAGCUGUGCAGCUGAGGAGUUCAGCCAGCUCAAUCCUAUUACUUUCUCUGCUGGACACGUGUCAGUGAGAUCAGUUCCCCACUUUGGUUCACAGUAUGGAUGAGUAAACACUUAUGCCAGGUCAAGGUGCUUUAACUGGUCAAAGGCUGUUGGAAGUUUUACAGACAGUAGAGAAACCUUUUACACCUUCCUAUGUCAGUGAGGUUCAAGUAAUUCAUACUUUUCCUUACAUGUACAUCAAGAACUCUUUCAUAUGUACAUAUAUAUAAAAGAUUGUGAAGGAGUGGACUAAAAAAACAGUCUGUCAUGGUUUAGGAGUGGUAUUCUCCCUGCCUCUGUGGAAUUGCCUCAGCAUUUAUUUUUUUCAAAUAUUCUGCCACUUUAUCAGGGUCCUGUACUUGUUUAGGAGUGAACUUCCAAACCACUGGAGCACAACAAUCCUUCAGAAGAUGACCCAUUUUCUCCCACACUCCAUGCCAGUCAUGCCUACCCACUCUUGAGGCACAUCUCCCUAGAAAUCUCUUUCAUUACUCUAAAAGUGGUAUGGGCCCCACUGAGGAGACCUGGAAGACAUAGGAACAAGAAUAUGCUUUCCGCACAAUCCAAAGGGAAUUCAAGUCUCAAAAGUUGUUAUAACAGGCCUGAAGGAGGAAAAGGAGGUAAAAGAUUGGGAAAUAUCACCCUCCCCUGGAUCCACACGAUGGAUAUGAUUAUUAAUGGACUCCCAAAAGUAGUGCCUGAGGUAAGGGCAGGAGAGCAGCACUGCACCCACAUCCCAAAACACCUUCAUUGCCCCUGGUGUCACCAUGCCAUAAACUGAUACUGCACAGCACAGCCAUCCUGAGCCCUCUCCUUGCCUGGACAAGGAGCACUGAGGUGGGCACAGCGUCAGGGGCCACGGCCACACCACCAGACCCAACACAGCAAAUGCUGAGAUCUAACUUGUUUCCAGCCUGCUCUGGGCAGGUCUGCUGGCAUCUCAACCCUGUGUGACCCACACUGUGCACCAAACAUGGCUGCUGGAUUUUGGAAUGGCACUCCGGAAUUCGGUGUUCCCACUGGAACCACCCCAAAACACGCGAUGCUUGUUCCACUCCCUGCCUCGCUCCACUCCCGGCGGGGCACUGAGAGGAGAGCUGGAAGCACAGAAGGCAAAGACCAUGGGUUGAGAUGUCCUUUCUCACAAAAGAAGGGGACAAGGUGAAGAAGUCUAGUAUCUUUGUUCUCCGAGUGACGUUCAAGGCAAAUAAAGGAAAGGAUUCAGCCCCGCAUCGGAAAGACCUGGAAGCAGGAGGGAUGACUCCUGCCCAGGAAAAUGUUUGCAGCCAUGUCAAAGUGGUGGUCCGUGUGCGCCCUGAGAAUGAGAAAGAAAGGCAGGGCAACUUCAGAAGAGUGAUUCGUGUCAUCGACCAGCACAUGCUGGUCUUUGACCCAGAGGAGGAGGAAGUCAGCUUCUUCAACAGAAGGAGAGUGACCCAGAGGGAUGUUAACAGAAGGCAAAGGAAAGAUCUGAAGUUCAUGUUUGACACCGUUUUUGACGGCAGCUCAUCCCAGCUGGAAGUUUUUGAGCACACUACUAAAAAUGUCAUUGAAGGCUUCUUAAAUGGGUAUAACUGUACAGUGCUUGCAUAUGGUGCAACAGGAGCUGGAAAGACUCAUACAAUGUUAGGUUCUCCUGAAGACCCUGGAGUCAUGUAUUUAACUAUGGUGACACUUUAUAAACGCAUGGAUCAAAUCAAAGAUGAUAAAAUAUGUGACCUCGCUGUCUCUUAUUUAGAGGUUUACAAUGAACAGAUUCGUGAUCUGCUGGUCAACUCUGGACCUCUGGCUGUUCGUGAGGAUGGCCAGCAAGGGGUGGUAGUUCAAGGUCUGACAUUGCAUCAGCCUAAAUCAGCAGAGGAAAUCCUUCAGAUGCUGGAUCAUGGAAACAGAAAUAGGACCCAGCAUCCCACAGAUAUGAACGCCUCCUCUUCCCGGUCCCACGCUGUCUUUCAGAUUUACCUACGGCAGCAAGAUAAAACAGCUAGUAUUAAUCAAAAUGUUCGUAUUGCCAAAAUGUCUCUGAUUGACCUGGCAGGGUCUGAACGUGCCAAAGCAACCAGUGCCAGGGGGGCUCGCUUUGUGGAAGGAACAAAUAUUAACAGGUCCCUGCUUGCUCUUGGAAAUGUCAUUAAUGCCCUGGCAGAUCCUAAGAGCAAGGUGCACAUUCCUUAUCGGAACAGCAAGCUUACUCGUUUAUUGAAGGAUUCUCUUGGAGGAAAUUGCAGAACAAUAAUGAUAGCUGCUAUUAGCCCAUCUUCCUUGUUCUAUGACGAUACCUAUAACACUCUGAAGUAUGCAAACCGAGCAAAGGAUAUCAAGUCUUCUUUGAAGAGCAACGUUGUUAGUUUGAGCAGUCACAUAAGCCACUAUGCUGAAAUUUGCAAUGAACAACAGAAAGAGAUCCUAAUGUUGAAGGAGAAACUGAGAGAAUAUGAAGAAAAGCAAGCAAGCAUUCCUGAAAUUCGUAAUACAGCAGAACUUUCAAAGAACCAGCAAGUGGAAAUAGAAAGGUACAAGGAAAUACUUAAAAAUAUUUUUGCAAAACGUGUGGAAAUCAGAAAAGAGUACCUCAAAGUGGAAAAGAAACUGAAAGAAAAUACACUAAAGAAAUAUUAUCAGAAUCAAUGUCAUGAACAAAUUCAACUGAUAUGCUGCUCUGAAGAAAAAGUAGUAAAGGCCACUUGCAAACGGGAUCUAAGGCUGUCAGAACUUAACUGCCACUAUGUACGCAUGCAAAAGAAAAGAGAAGAGCAGAGCAAACUUUUUGAGGAAAACACCAAGUGGCUGCACCGUGUUGAAAAUGAAAUGCGCCUCCUGGGUCCAGAUGGGUGCAUCCCAAAAGAACUUUGUCAAGAUCUGCAGUAUUACCAUCUAAACCUGGAAGCUGAGGCACUUAAAGCCCAGAUUGGACACAUGCUGACCCUGGUGUCCCUUCAAGAUCGGUAUAAUAAGCAAACAGAAAAAGUACUAAAUACUGCACUUCCAGUGCUUCACAAGCAACACCUGAUGUUAAAAGAAGCUGGGUUGACAAAUGGCUUAAGUGAGACUGAAUAUGUAGAGGUUGAGCAGCUGAUUCAAAGACAAAAAUCAGUAGCUUGGGCUGACCAGAUUGAAGAAAAGAAUCAAAAUCAAAACCGUGAAGUAGAAAUGUCAGCUAUCUUUACAUUCUCACAGCUUGUGAGCAGACCGAAUACCCCAUGCAGCACCCCUUUGGGUACACCAUCACAAGAAAUGAAUAACAAUCCCCAGCAGGUGUUAGAACACACAGAACCACCGCAGAAGAGAACGAGGAGGAAGCUGAUGGACUCUCCCCUGGUAGCCCCAAGUCCACCUGCCUCCAGCCACUGCAGCCUGCAGCACCUGGAGGAUUCUCUGGCCAAGGAGGUGUACCCUCUAGCUGAUACUCCAGACUCCUGCAGAAAGCCAGUGCACAGCUUGUGUGCUCAGCCCGUGGUGAAGGAGGCUUUGCACCUGGCAGGCCUGCGGGUGCUCAGUGCCUGCAGGGCAGACGUGCCAGGCAGGAAGGGCAGCAUCAUGGACACCACGUGUGACGUGAUCCCAGAGAGCCACGAAGCUCUCAUGAACUCCACUGUCGUUCUCUAUGAAGGUGCAGAGGAAACAGCUGAACUGUCUGCUUACUCAUCUGUGAAGGAGUCACAGCCAUGCACCAGCAGCAUUGUGCAAAGAAACAAAAACUCUGCUCCCGUACUUGAGAAGCCUUCAUAUAUGGCAAUGACUUCCGCUGCUCAGAGAAAAAGAAAGAUACUUAGCUCCACCUCGAACACGGUGCAGGGCAGCCUGCAGGCCCCGGACGCUGCCAAGCGCUCCCGGCAGGACGUGCUGCUGAGCCACGCCGCCCUGAGAGUGCCCCAGGGGGCUGGAGUCAGAAUGAUGACCAGGAAGCAAGACCAGAAUAUGCCAAGGAACUUCAUUAGAAACCUUUCUCAAGGAAAUGUCCCACCAGAUGUUAAAUCAAGGACAUCAAAAAAUCUUUGUGUUUCCAAGGGAAAAAAAUAAGGUUUAGUUUUGAGUUCAUCCCUAUUUCAAGCAAGAUUGACGGAUAGCAAAUGUGAAUAGUGUGAAUUGUGAUUUCCUCUUGUAAGUAGUUUUGAGAGUUUCAGGACGGAAAUAUUACAAAAGUUGUUUUGACCCCCUAAAUUAUUUUCAUUGGAGUAGCUUCCUUGUGUUAAAGUAGAUUUUCAUUCAGAAGCAAGUUAGGCAGAUGCUAAUAUUAGAACAUAUUCAUGCUUAGCAUUACAAUGCCUUAGAUGUUCUUAGAUUGUUAGCAUCUCUGGAUGACAUGCGGAGUUCCAAGAGACAGAAAAAUAUUUCCAAAAGUGGGGUUUUUUCCUUUUUGUUUUUGUCUUUCUGAUUCUCAGUCUGUUACUUGGUUGUAAAUGUUCCUGUUCUGUUUUUUCAAUUUAAUUCAAAUACAUUUUUUAUUAAUUACUUCCAAUAAAGUUUGAUAUUUUUACUAGCAA